AAAGAUCGCGAUACUGAAAUAAGACGUGGAAUGAUCUAAGUAUGUGCUACCGAUUCACUUCCGAUUGUUUUCAAGUUUGUACUAUCCUUAGUUUUCUUGAGGCUGUUAGGCUGUUAGGCUGCCAACUAUCGGCUACUAGGCUGCCAACUUCAGGCUGCUAGGCUGCCAACUUCACGAACAUCUUGAAACUUCUAUACUGUAACCGGAAAACGCGAUACUGUAACACGUUCCCUACGUUGAUAAUGUAUAACCAAGCCUAUGUAAACAUGGAAGUUAUUAGCAUUGAAAGGCGGCGUUUUUGUCAUUGACAACCUUUUCCACAUAACUUAUAAAUGGACCUGAAUAUUAUACAUAAAAGGAAAAAAGGAAAACAUUAGAACUGUGUUUAAGCUUUGAUGUAAAGUUAUAUGUUUAAAUAGACUGUGACACGAGAUUGGGACAGCUUUAUUGGUGAAUAGAUCAGUUCAGAUAACAUAUUGAACACAUUUUCUACAAAAUGGCUGCUGGCAGUCAAAUAGAUACAGAUAUUCUUUCAGAUGAAAUAUUUGAUGUAUUAUGUUCAAUGUGUAAAAAUAAAGGAAAUAAUACUGAAGGUGAAAAAUUCUGUGUAGAUUGUCACGAUUACUUUUGUAGAACUUGUGUUAAAGUUCACAAUGAAGUACCUGUAUUAGUUGGUCACAAGGUGCUGGAUAAAUCUCAAGUUAAGUCAGGAACCAGCAAAGGUCUGCCGAGGGCACCAACAGAGAGAUGUGACAGACACAGUCAUAAACACAUUGAUAUGUACUGUCAGAACCAUGAUAAUGUUGGCUGUUCUACAUGUAUGGCAGUUGAUCACAGAUUAUGCAAGGACACAUUCUACAUACCAGAAUUUAUCCAAAACACUGCUUACCAAGUUACACCCAGAGAAAUUCAAACAAAGCUCAAGGAAAUAGCCAAGAACCUCGCUAAACAAGCUGAUAGAUUUAAACAGGAUAAACAAAGGCUUUUAAAGAGGAAAGCAGUACUAUUGGCUGAUAUAAGAAAAUUACGUCAAGAAAUCAAUGACUAUCUUGAUAAGUUGGAGAAAAGUUCUAUUGAUGAAAUGGAAGAUAAAGUCAAAAUUCUCGAAGACAAUAUUGAAGAUGGUGUUAAACAGCUACAAGUAAACAGGUCAAGGAUUACAUCAGCUACUGAUAAAUUAGCAUCUACAAACACAAAUCAAGCUGAAGUGUUUGUUUAUGUUAAGAUGGCAGAGGAUGCUGCAAAUGCUGCCAAGAAUUACAUGGAGCAUGCCAACAAUAGAUGUGCAUUAGCAGACAUAGAGUUUGAACCAGAUAGAACAAUUCUUACACAGUUAGAACACAAGAAAACCCUGGGUACACUUAAAGAGAAACCUACAAAGACUUCUGCCAAUUUAUUUCAGAUUAAAAGAAAUAAAUCAUAUGAUGUAAAAAUUCAGUCUGAUAAAAAACAAAGAUAUGUCAUGAGUGCCUGCUGUUUAGAAGAUGGUACAAUUAUUCUAGCUGAUUACAAUAACAAGAAGCUUAAACGGUUACACAGUUAUAACUAUACUGUCACAGACUACUGUGAUCUACCUGGAAUGCCACGUCAAGUGUGUAUGAUCAAUAACACACAAGUAGCAGUGUCAUCAGAGAAGGGCGUUCAUCUCGUUUCUCUAGAAAGAAAAAUGAAAACAACAAACACGAUAAAUACUGAUUUUGUAUGUUAUGGUCUUGCAUAUGCAAACAAUGAUUUAUAUAUUUCAGAUAAUGAUACAUCAGUAUAUAUGUAUACAAUGUCUGGUAGGAAGCUUACACAGUUCAGUAAGGAUCAAUCAGGACAAAAGCUGUUCUCUAACAUACAAAGUAUAGCUGUCAGUAAGGAUGCUACAAGGAUUUAUGUUGGUGAUUUAGAUAAAGGACUUAUAGUACUGGACAACAAUGGUCAGGUUAUUUCAUCAUUCAAUGAUAAAGAAUUAAACAGGGCUACAUGUUGUUACCUCACUGAAGCAGAUAGUGUGCUGGUAUCCGGAUGUGGCUCCAAUAAUGUUUUACAGUUUACAUCUGAUGGUGAGCUGAUGGGAGAGGUUAUAAAAGCAGAUAGUAGUAAAGAGCGAAUUGAGUUAGUCUGUUGUAAUCAACAAAUGACAAAGAUGUGUAUAAGUAGAUGGGAAGAUGACAACAUUGAAGUGUAUGAUAUCUAGCAUGUUAAGGAAGUGAAUACAAAAACACUUUCGAUAAAAGUAAAAUAAUAUAAGAACUAUACAUUGAUUCAUAUGUGAAAUACAACAUUCGAACAUUAAAAGAAAAACACACUUAAUAACCAGUAAUGAUACUGGUUUAAAUUGUGAAUAUACAUGAAUUAUGUUGCAAACAAAUUCAUCUGAUUUGUCAUGUACAUUAUAAAUAGUUGCAUUAUGAUUUAAUACAAAACUUAUUUAUAUUUUGUAAAUAGUAUAUUGUGUAAAUGAGAUGGU